AUGGCGAAGAGUGCGCGAGCUAGUAGGGUCAAGACGAACAACACCGCUCUCAGAAAGAAGGUCUUCGGCCCUGUCGAGACAGCUCGUAAUAAGCGACUGAAUGCAAAGUUGCUUGAGCUUGCCCAGCAAGCGAAGCCUCAAAGAAGCGAGAUGGAUGUUGUUCCGGACAGCGCUGAGCAAAAAGAUGCGGAGAAGGCCGAGCCUCAAGCGACUGCUGAGGGUAAAAUGGAGGUGGAUGAGGGUGCCGGAGCCACGACGGCUAAGCGAACCGAUUCCGAAAAGAAGCCACGGUCCAACCGGAUUCGGAAGCCACGAAAACCAAGAAACAAUAUUGUCUUCGCGCCUACCGCAUCUACGCCAGAAGCCUACCAGCCUGUCAUUCCAGAAGUGGCCUACAUGUUUGCCACCUUCCUCGGCCAUACGAGCACAAGUCGGGCUGUCACGCGGGAAUCUGAACAAGACUGGUACGAAGACACCAAUGAUUCUUGCACCAACAAUGCACUCAAGCUGCUACCACGACGGCAUCAUGACGCUGAAGGAUAA